GCAGAGAUGAUAUGAAUCAUAUUGGAACUUUUGAUUCGUCUGCUCGGAUCCCUUGCCAGCUACAAGCUCAAUAAACUCCGGUGAUGGGUUUUUGUGCUGUAUACAGAUGACAAAUCUCUUAUCCUACCAAAUGAUAGCCGUGGAGCACCAGUACGACAUUGGUGGGCCUUAUUCUGACAUGGGUUGAGGUUUAUUUAAGAAGAGAGGCUCAACGACUCUUUCUUUCUUUCGUCUAAAGGGUGCUGCGCAACAAACGUGAAUUCCCGUCCCUCAGCCUGACGAUGGCCGGAAGCGUUGUGACCCGCAGGCGGGAUAUGAAAUGUAAAACUAAGAUGAAAACCGGUUGCUCGACCUGCAGACCAUUGUGCCAGAAAUGUGUCAAAACUGGCCGGACUUGCGAUGGCUACGACUCCCCCUUUAGAAUCUUUACCGGUGAACCUAUCAAGAACGCUUAUGCUAGUAGCAUCAAGUCAGUUGUUAGUUCACAACCCACCUCCAUUAGGGUCACUUUUCAAGACAUCGACCUUCUCAGUCGCCACUUCUCGACCAAAACUCUGUUCAACGUGAAUCUGGGCUGUGACGAAGAAGCCAGGCAAAUACUCCAAACCAGCCUAACGGAUCCGCUUGUACGACACGCGCUCUUGUCACUCAGAGCUCUCCGAGAAGAUUUAGAGACGGUCGGAGAUGGUGACGCGUCUUUCGCUCAUCAGACUUCAAGACAUCGCUAUGGCCUCCGGCAAUACACGAUUGCUUUAGGUGGCCUUGCGUCUAACCUGUCAUCCUCGGGUUCCAGCGAGUUGAAGUCAGCAUUGCUUUGUUGUCAGAUCUUCAUCAGCAUUGAGCAAGUGCGGAAAAAUUAUUCUGCGAUGGCUCAACAUAUCAUUAAAGGACUCAGGAUCAUGCACGAAUACCGAGCAAGACCAUAUUAUGAUGCUGCCAACAAUUUAUUACCUGCACUGCAUGACCAACUACCUUUCCUGGAUGUUUUCAUCAUUAAGCUGUUUGUUGCACCAUGUAAAUUUACAGAUCCUCCAGUAACAGCAGAGAUAAGCGAUACGCCGUUGUCUGCGUGUCCGCUUGCGUCUCAACAACAACCUGUUGGAUCUCGCACGAUCGCACCCGAUAUGCGGACGGAGCUUACAAGGAUUGCUGCGUUGACACUUGGAUUCCUCGACAAAGUGUCUCGAGUCGAAACAGUAGAAACCGCUCUUCGAUUGGUCCCCGAGAAAGCAACUCUGCUAGACUCUUUAGGCUCGUGGCUUAAUGACCUUGAGCUUGUUCAGACGGAGUACGGACCUUCAGGUCCCGAGCCUAUUUCAGUGUCCUUCUUGCGCAUCUUUCAUAUCAUACUGAAAAUUGUCCUCUUGGGGGCAUUAGACUCUCCACCGGAUCUUUAUGCCGACCUACGGGAUGAGAGUGACCGAUUACAGGCCUUAGCCAAUGAAGUGGAUGGAAGAGUUAGGACUUAUAUAACGUGCAGUGGGUCUAAUGGUAAUCGGGAGGAAAUCUCCACAAUGAGUGAUUAG